GGAAGGGAAGGGAAGGGAAGGGAAGGACGCUGCCCUGCGAUUGGCGGCGGGUGUCCCCGCGGCCCCUGUCGGCGAUAUAAGUGCGGCGGGGCCGCUGUGCGCUCACUGCCCGCCCCCAGCCCGGGCGCAGCGCCGAGCGGAGCGGAGCGGCGGGGCCGCCUCCUCCUCCUCCUCAGCGCCCAGGCAGCGGCGGCCGAGCGGGAUCGCCGGCGAUGGCUGAGCUCAAGUCGCUGGGCAGCGAGGCGUACCUGGCGCUGGCCCCGGGCUACGGACCCUCUGCUUUCGCCUACGGGGCCGUGCGCGGGGGCGCCGAGGGCCCGCGGGGCUCGUACGCGGGGGGCGGCGGCGCGGACUUCCACGCCGGGGCGAUGGGCAAGUCUGCGGAGAGCAGCGGCGAGCAGAGCGGCGACGAGGAGGACGGCUUCGAGGCGGGCGUGAAGGGCGGCUCGGGCUUCGAGCGAGAGGGGAAGCUGAAGGGGGGAGCCCUGGGCAAGAAGCCCAAGGAGCAGCGCUCGCUGCGCCUCAGCAUCAACGCGCGGGAGCGGCGGCGGAUGCACGACCUGAACGACGCGCUGGACGGGCUGCGCUCCGUCAUCCCCUACGCCCACAGCCCCUCGGUGCGGAAACUCUCCAAAAUCGCCACGCUGCUCCUGGCCAAGAACUACAUCCUCAUGCAGGCGCAGGCCCUGGAGGAGAUGCGGCGGCUGGUGGCCUACCUGAACCAGGGCCAGGCGCUGAGCGCCCCGCUGCCCGCCACCCUCAACCCCUUCGGACAGUCGCCCGUGUACCCCUUCGGCGGCGCGGCCGUGCCCGGCUGCCCCGAGAAAUGCACUGCCUUCACAGGAGCCGCCCUCUGCAAACACUGUAACGACAAGCCUUGACUUCUGCCUUCUUCGGGCUUUUUCCUUUUUUUUUUUUUUUUUUUUUUUUUUCCUUUUUUUUCUUUUUUUUUUUUAAUUGGUUUGAUUUUUUCCUGUGCACUUUUCGUUCCACUGCCAUCAGCCCUGGCUUCCUUCCAUCAGUUAAGUCUGGGUUUUCUUUUUUGUUCUUCUCUUAAAUACCCCCUCCCCUCCCCAUUCGGAAAUAUUUGGCAGUUCACGUGGAUCCCCCCACCAAACACCCACUUUUUACUUUAUUUAGUUCCCCCCUCACAUGCAACUUCAUCUGUAGAGUUAUUUCCUUCCCAGCCUGUCAGUGGAUUGUGAGCGUAAUGUUGCUUUUCGCUUGCUCUGAGCUGCAAAGUUUUUGAGCAGUUUUGAAACAGAACUAUAGAAAAACAGAGAGGGAGAGAGAUCUGGAAAUGGAAACCUCAGUGAAUUUGCUUUGGCAUGAUCGACCCGUGUUAAAAAUAGAUUAAAAGGAGGGAGGGGAAGCAAAAUCCAGCUGCAAACUAUGCAAUGUUUCAGAGUCGUGGGCGGAGGGGGUUCUGUGUAGCCAGCUGGGGUUGGACUGCACCCGAAAAUCCAAAUGGAAAUCAUUUGGUCAGAGCUCACGGGAGGGGGGAAGUCCAGUACUCUUGCUAAAACAAUUGAUGCUUCAAAGUAAGAUGCUUUUUCUUUUUCCUCUUAAAAUAUUACCCCGUUCUUGGACUGAGAGGAACCUGUGAUUGUAUGCUAAUGCUUGCUGUUUGCCUGUUUCUCAGCUUGGUUAAGUUUUCCAGAUGAUUUUCCAAAGUUGUUGCUCAUCAUGAUAAACAAAGCAAAAAGGUGACUUAACAUAUUUAUAUGUGUUUAUAAUAAAUAAAAGACAUUAAUAACCACUUUCUCUGUCCUACAUGUCUCUAAAACCAGCUGGCAGUCCCUGUAAAACCCUGCUGGAGUCAGGUAAAGCAGAAAUGGAUGCAGCAGGAGCAGCUGUGUGAACUUAGGGGCAUGAUCAGAACACUUGGAAAAAGCUUGUGGAUAUUCGGCUCCUUUUCAGCAGGGGUUUGCACUUUUUUUCCAGUUCCUCCCGACUCUUGAGCACACAAAAAGACCUUGCUUAUGUUUGACUCUGAGUUUGGCAGGGGUUCAGGCUGUGUGUUCUGACAUUUGCUGGGGAAUGCUGUGCCCUGGAAGUGGUGUUUGGCUGGGGUUAUUGUAGCAGCGGGCUUAGCUCUGAGCACACCCGUGGAAAACACGGCAGGGAAGGAAAUCGCUUAAAGACUCUGCUUAUCCCUUUGGCUUGGUUUUCUGUUCUAUCUACAGCUUGACCCUAGAUCUGCAUCUGGUGUUUGGGCCACUUAAUAUCAUGACUGAAGGAAUGAUCUCCUGCCAAUAUUGACUGUGUUCGUCCAAGUUACAAAGUGCGUCUCUCGCUGGCUGAGUUCUCGGUGUCGCUUGUGUUGGUUUACUUUGGUUUUCUGGUUUAUGUUGUUCAACGCUUUGGUGCCUUGUAUGCUUCACUAGUCGUUAUAUAAUAAUAAUAAUAAUAAUAACAAUAAUUGAGGUGCAUUCAGUGCUUUCUGUUCGGGUUGGAAAUACCCACCCAAUGUCAGAGCAACCACGUAAACUGGUACAGUCGCAGCCUCGGGGGCUCGAGCUGUCCGUGGCCAUUUGUGUUAGGAGUGGGGUGUAACUAUUUAAGGUUAUUAAACCAAUUUCCAUGCCUGUCGCUAGUGUUAUGCUAAUUUGAAAAGGACUGCCAUCCCCUCUGAAGCACUUGUCCAUGGCACUUAAUUUUAAUUAAUACAUUUCCAAAAGACUUUUUGUGUUUGGAAAACGAAGUGUGUGAUUAAGCCUUAUUCAUAAAGACAUAUGUUUAAAACUGGUUCCUGCUCAUUUCCAUUUUUAUAUCUUCAUUUCUUUCCUGUAAUUAAAAAAAAAAAAAAAAAAAAAAAAAAAAAAAAAAAAAGAGUCAUUUUACAGAACCGUUUAUCUCUUUUUCCAUAAAAGAAAAUUUUGAAAAUGCUCUUAAAGCAUGUCUGAUGAAGCGAAAGCCAACCAAAACCCCUACUGAAGCAAAAAUUACUGGAAACUGCAGAUCAGCAAAGGUCACUUCAAAUUUUGUAGACUGAGUUGUUGCUAGGAAAUAUUUGGGAAAAAAAAAAAAAAAAAGCCCAGUUUAUCAGAGAAUCAUAAUUUUAAGUUUAUGUAUGUUACAGCUGGUUAAAAUUAGAGAAGAUUGAAAAUAUUUAAAUGGAGAUUAGCUUAACUGUUCAUUUUUCACCAAAACUAAAAUAGUUGGAGAAUAAAAUAUUUAACAGCUCAAUAUUUAAUCUGAGUUUGGUUUAGUUAAAGACUUAAGGCUAAAAAUAAUGGAAUUUGUAAUUGCUUCUUUGUCAAAUAAUUAUGGUCCAAAAAAGAAGUCUUACUAAUUUCAGAGCCUAAAAGCUCUUCACAGUCUGAGACAAGCUUUUUUUGGAAUGAUGGGUUUUAAUACAGUGAUUGUUUUAAAUCUCUUCCUUUCAUUUACAUCAGUAAAGAACUUGCUUA